AUGUCACGUCCACAAUUGAUCGGUCUGCCAAAUCAUCCGGAUUUCGAUCCCAUGGUGUUAGCGGCAGUUGAGCAGGAAUGGGUUCUACAUGCAGCUUCAGAAAAACUCCAUACUCGAUGGGUCGCAGUCUACAACCAAGUAGGCAGGAUGGUCAAUGUCGCCAGACAGUUGGAAGGUGUUCGUACAAGUAUAGCCGAUAAGGCGGGCCCAAUGGACCCCGCGACAAAUCUUUUCAGUUACUAUGCCAAACCGCAUCUCCGGAUAUUGACCGUUGAAGAUAUGGCGGAGGCUAUAUACCGGCAUUGGCUCGAUCGUCCGGAUCGCCAAACUAUCGACCCUUUCUAUCGGAUGAUCAAUCGGACUUACGACGGUCCACGUAAAGAAGACGCCACCUGGCUCAUCAGGAAGAUCAAAGAGAAGACCAAGGAGAGAGACGACGGAGUCUUACGAAACCGUCAACCAGGCGCGACCCGAAGCAAUUUGCCUGCAGCCACUUCAGCUUCAUCGGCAACCCAGGUCUCACACAACCGUCGACCAGGCGCGGCCGUUAGCAAUUCGUCUACAACCACUUCAGCUUUACCGGUGGCCCAAACUUUUCAGUCCCACCCUAUUCCUCAAACUUCACAUCACCGGGUUGGAUCAGUUCCUAACAGAACCGAUAGAUCGUUCCACACGCCAGUCAGCACAGCCCCUAUCACAGCAACAGCAACGGUUGAUGCGGCUCUGGUCAGUACGAAUAUUACAUCGAAUAGAAGCAGCGCGGCUCCCGCGACGAACGCUACAACUCCACCACCUGACAGAUAUGCGGUCCAAUCCUCGGCUGCUCCUAUAUCCCCUCUGGGCUCUGCUGAUCUGACCCCUUCAAGAACCACUCGCGAAGUGUCGAGCUCUAAUAGCAGACACCGGCCAGAAGUUACCGACUUCACCACCCCUGAACUUGAAAGCCAUGAUAGAUCAGCUAAUAGUCCCAAGAAGACAGCAAGACCAGCACAACGAUCUGCUCCCGGACCCGUCUUAAAGAGCACCACAGGCAAUUACGAUGGUGGAGGGCCAGUCAGACCUGCGGGCCAAAACGGCUUUGACUCUGCUGACAGCCUUGAUAGAGAUGUAGACACAACUGGUAUUCUUCCCAAGAGGCCCUCCGCUCCAGCACAGCGUGCUACCUACCAACCCGGUUCGAAAGGUAAGGAAACAGAACGCCAUGUCGACAACGACGGCCGGUUCACUCAUCCCGAUCGCAAGCUCCCUGCUUCUACCCAGGGUUUCGAUGAAGACGCCACUUCAAGUGGUGAUAGAUACGCCACUCGAAAUUUCGAAAGAGGCACUAUUAUGACUAGUCCCGCUCCUAAGCCACUUCAUCAGGAAGAAAUCUGGUCCAUGAAAUCUCCGCGCACAAGAUCAACCAACAACCUCAACAACUCCUUCUUCAGCCAACCUGAUUCCCCCAUCACCACUUCAUCAAGCAACAACAUCGCUCACGCUCACGCUCACCCUCACGCUCCCGCUCCCGCCUCCCUACUACUACCCGCCCACAGCAGCCUACCUCCCAAACCUCCCACGAUGGCACCUACCCGUCCCACUCGCACUGCUCGCAAGGGCCCCCGAGAACGCAAUCGAGGCCGUCAAUACCAAUCUCGCGACCACAACAGAGGUGAUAAUAGGGGCAAGGGCAACACACCGAAGACGGCAGCAGCUACGGACUCGACCAGCCACCUCUUCGCCAACGCCAGACCGGAACCCGCGAUGUACACCCCCGAGUGGGAGCUGCGCCAGCGAUCCGUGGUCCCAGGAUGUAACCACAACAAUAGAUUCAAGGAGGAUACCGCGCAUGACAAGAUCACGUCGGCUGUGAAUAACGCCAAGCGCGCCUCUGCAGCCGCUUCGCGCCUGGGAGGACCACCACUCUCAGCUCCCGCAGGAGGACUCAACAGCGAUCUCCUCGGCGACGCUGCUGAUGCUGCUGAUGGUGGUCGCACUGACGCUGCUAGGCGCUCGCCCUCUGGCUUGGGACUUCCUGGUCCAGCUGCGGACACGGGUAUGGAGAUGGGUACCGGCAAGCGCUCGUCCGCCAACAGCAGCAGACAGCAUGGCGGCGGCAGCGGCUCCUUCAACCCAAGCCCCCCUCCAGCAUCAUCCCACCAACCAGACGACAUGACCCUCUUCCGCAGCAGCAGUGGAGCCGUGGGCGUCAUGGCCACGGGACGCGACGUCAAUCUCGGUCGCGAGUGGCCCUCGACUUCAAGCUCGCGCUUUGGCAGACUUGAUGGCGACGGCGGCGACGACAUGACAACCAGCCGCGGUGGCGAUUCCGGCAGCGGCGGUGCGUAUGGUGCUUAUGGCUUCGGCGACAACUCCACUUCCGGUUCCGCUUCCGGUUUCGGCACUACCAACAGCAACAACGACAACGCUGCUGCUGCUGCUGCGACCUCCCCUGCUCACCACCGCCCCAACCAGCAGCAGCGCUGGAGCCGCUCCCAACCAUUCCGCGACCGAGGCCGAGGCCGAAUCCAAUCCCGACCAUCCCGCGGCCGAAUCCAGUCCCACUCCCAGUCCCAGUCCCAGUCCCGAUCCGGCGGCUCGCACUACCGACCCCGUGCCCACCGUCAAGGCCAGCCACGCUCCCACCCUCACUCAUCUGCCUUCGCUGCUGCUGUUGCUGCUAUCACUACUGGAACCACUCCUACUCCUACUGCCACUCCUACUACGACUGGAACUGGAACUGGAACUACUCCUACAGGAACUGAGCACCAGCAGCAGCACCAGCAAGCAGUAACAGCAACACCAACACCUGAUACCCAUCUUCCUACUCACGACUAUGAUCACGACUACGAUCACAAUCACGACUACGAUUACGAGGAUGAGGAUGACAUGAUGGAGUGA